AUGACAAUCGAAGAAGUGCCAACAGUGAAAAUCCGCCGAGCGCGGAAGGAAAUUCAAAACUUUCAAGACAAUCUUUCGGAGCUCGAGAAAAAGCGCGAAGAAAAGAUCGAAAAAUUCAAUGCAUCCAAAGAUCGUCAAUACGAACUCGCUUGUCUCCGCGAUGAAAUUGUUCAAAAACUCGCUGCAGCGGAGAACUCUAAUAAGGCAGCAUUCUUCCGGCAUCAAGGAGAGCUAGAAAAGGUUGUUGUUGAGAUGGAGAGCGCGGAAUUGCUCUCGAAGAAACUAAAGGAGGAAAUUGAAAAUGUCGAGUACGAACUUGAAGUAGCGAAAGUCAAUGGACAUGUUUUUGAAGGGAGGGAGGAUGAAGUUUUGGCGUUUGAAAAAGAGGUUGAAAUUUAUGAAAAAGACCUUGCCAACUACAGACUCGCACAAGAAACGCAAAUUGCAGAAAAUGCAUUACGUCAAUUGCGACGCAGAUUCGAAGAAGAAGCCGCUGAUAAGGCUGAGAAGGAGCGCUAUCAAACUGAAAUGAACAAUCGAGCAUCUGUGGCAUUCAAUAAUUUGAAGCCUAUCAUGCACGAGUCGAUUCAGAAGCAGAGAAAAGCGCAAAAAGACGAAGCUAAUGCGAAGAAAGAUCGAGAGAACAAAAUGAGAGCGAGCGUGAAUGAGCUGAAAGAUGCGGUAAAGAGAAACACUGACAAUUAUCAUGUUAUUAUGCGCAAGAAAGCUGUCAGGGAUAAACGAGAGUUGAAAAGGGACGAAGAAAUUGUCCAGGAUCUGAUGGAAACGAAUGAUAUCAGCGAAGUGAAAGCGAGGUUCAUUCUUGAAAGCGAAAAACGAGACCUCGAAUGGGAAAGAAAAUUGGAAAAGCAGAAAAGAGAGCGGCAGCUGAAAGAAGAAGAUAUUAUUAUGAAAUUGAGACAGGAAGAUGCCUUCGUCAAGCGAACUGAAAAAGUACAGCGAACAGAAAGGCUUUUAAAAAGAAGCAGAGAAGAUCCGAACUUGCUCAAAAAGAAGAAUCUUUCGCAACAAGUGAGAAGGGUCCGACAAUUGGAAAAUUACAGACGUCCAUUUUCUGCAGAUAGCUUCUCUGGAUCUGUUAUGGAAGGUCUCGGAACUUCACGUGACUUCUCAAUUGAUCAACACUCUAAGAGCUUCGUUGAUGAAGAAAUUCAUCUUUCUGAAGAUUUUGCUCCUCUCUGGGAUGGCGUUGCCCCUCACGAUGAAGAAAAUCUUAACUACAAGCCAACCUCGGCUAAACAGGAAGUCAACUUGACAACCAAAAUCGUUGCCGAUCCGCCUGCCAUUGAAUUCCUUGAUUUUGAUCUCCAAAAAGAGUACACCAUCAGUGUGACUCUUACGAACGCGGCAAAUGAAAAAACGCCGAUUCGUCUUGUCAGAUUGAGCGACAAUGUGAUGGACUUGUGCUCCUGGGAUUUCAAAGUGUUGCCUUCAAUUUCCCCUGGAAUCUCGAUCCCUUUCCAGAUCUCCUUCUACCCACAAAUGCUUGAGUCUAUCGAUGGUUACGCCGAGUUUAAGACCUUAUUUGGCAUUUUCAAGUUGCCAAUAAGAAUGCGGCCACCAAAGUAUGAUCCAAAAAUCUCCCUCAAAUCAGUUAACUUUGGGAACGUUAUCAUCGGGGAAUCCAUGCAGACUGAAAUAGAAAUUGAGAAUCUGGGCGCUAAAGAUGGCUCGAUUUAUGUUGACUCGAGCAAUCUACCGAAUGAGUUCGAAAUCAGUCCUAAAAGCGAAAAUAUGAAAGUUGGACCGAAGGAAAUCAUCAAAUUGAAACUGAAGUGGAAUCCGCAAACUGUUGGUCAUUUUAAUUUCCCUCUUUUUAUCAGCACGGAUGAAAACGAACAAAAAAAGGUCGACGUCUCCGGUUAUGCUUCUCUCCUCCCCGUCAGUCUUUCAGACGACUCGCUUGAUUUCAAAGUCUGCUCUCAUGGAUUUCUUUAUCAAAAUCAAUUCAGUAUUCUCAAUUCCUCCAAUGUCUCUCAGCCCUUCUCUUUAAACAUCCCUCAAAAUCUCCAAUCGGGAAUAACGAUUUCACCACAAACAGGUUCUGUGCAAGCGUACUCUUCUUCCAAGAUCCAUUUAAAAUUCACUCCAUCAGCUGAUUGCAACUUCGAUCACUUCUUAGACGAAGAUACCAAUGUUUUCGAAUUCCCCGUUGAAGUUUCCUUCCAAAAUUUUCAAAAACCUCUCACGACCACUCUUUAUGCAAUCAUCAACGAUCCAUCUCUUGAAAUUAUUGAAGAGUCCCUUGACUUUGGUAAUACAACGAUAUUUGAAUCAACUGUCCACCGCGUGAAAAUCACGAGUCGGUCGCUUCUUGUCGAGGAGUUUGGCUUCUCUGAGCUGCCGAAUUUUGUUUCUGUCCGGCCCGGUCAUGGAUUUGCCUCGCUUGCUCCUGGAAAAUCGAUGGAAAUUGAGAUUUUGUUCUCUCCAAUGCAAGCUAGCAAGUAUGAGUUCACAAUCAUGCUCGAAACGCUUAAAGGAUUCAAGCACCGUUUCAAAUGCAAGGGUGUCGGGGUCAAACCGCCUCUUGAAAUCUCAAAUCAGCACUUAAAACUCUCCACGCCUCUCUUCAGCGUCAACAGAGCUACCUUCACACUGACUAACACGCAUACAAGCAGAGAUGAAUACUCUCGUCCUGUUGCUCGCAUCGGAAAUGGGAAGAUCUUUCCUGUGACCAGCACGUCUUUUAGCUUCAUGCCUCCUGAAGACUCUAACCUUCACUUUUCUCCAUCUGUAGGGGUUUUGAAACCCGGUGAAUCUGUGCUUGUGACUGUUACUCAUGAACCUUUCAUACCCGAAGAAAUUAUUUACGAAAAAGCAAGAACGUUUCCUCCACCGGAAGUUCAAGCAUCUCCAGAGCCCCCACAGACGGCGAAGAAAUCCGUAAAAGGUUCAAGAGUCCCUUCAAAAACGCCUUCGAGAAUUUCAUCGCGUCGUGAAUCUCGGCAAAGCUCUCAUAGCAACUCUGGAUCUCGUGUUUCUAGCGCUUCCACCCUUCCACCGCCUCCCGUAGAGAAGAACGACACCCGAUACUGUCAAGCUAAAAGUAUUUUGUCGGAGAAUUUCGGUGAAAGGCGAGAUAGAUUCUCGAUUGCCUGCUUUAUUUCGGCGGAGGAUGUAUCGAAAGGACGCAGCUGGAAGAAUCCGUCCUUUGAUUCGGGCUAUUGUCUGUUUAUUGAUGCGGAGCUGGAAAUUACGCGCCCAGCGCUAGUGCUAGAGAACGGCAUGGAUGUGAUUAACAUGGGCGCCAGACCAGUUGGAACGACAGAGAAACAGUAUUUUUAUUUGAGAAACAGGUCAAACUCCUAUCUUGAAAUAACGACUACUCCUCUCAACCCUUCUGGUCCAUUUAUCCUCGCGAAUCCAGUCCCAAAUAAGCUCGGCCCAGGCGAUCGCGCCCGAAUUCUUAUUAAAUUCAACCCAGCAAAUGCUCAAAUUUAUCACGACUACCUCUACCUGAAUUACUCAAAGCUUGAUGGAAUCAAUUGCCCUCAACGCAUCGAGCUGCUCGGCAGAGGGCAGAAAAUCGACGCCUAUGUUGAACAAUUGCAGCCACAAAAUGAGAUGCCGGUUGUUUUGCUCGGAGGAGAGAGCUUUUUGGAGACGGAGAUAAAAAAUCCGAGCGGUUUCCCCGUUUCAUUCAGGAUAACACCCUCAAAUGACAACUCAAUCGAUCAUAAUCGAAAUCGCAACGGGAAAGCCGUAUUUGAUAUUACCCCAGCUUCUGGAAUCCUUUCUACGCAGGAAAACCUUGAUCUCAAAAUAAGCUUUCGCCCUGACCACGCUGGGCAUUUUACGGAAGUGUUUACUCUGCAAUUUUGCGAGACUGAAGAAUCGACGCGGGUUUAUCGGGUUCAUGGCUAUUGCUCGCCUAAUGAUGUUAUGAUUCAACAAGUUGACGACUUUGACAUUGUAUUCUCGGACAGAGAACAGAAACAAGCUGGCUCUGGAUUUACGAACCCUGAUAAAUACAGAGAAGUGAUCGACCAUGGACCAAUUAUGAUUCAAACACGAUUAAAUGACCUCUCAAGGAUCCAAAGACCUGAAUACAGAACUUCAUUCCUCAUAAAAAUUCUGACACCAUCUCCCAGCAGGUCAUCCAGCAAAGCUUCAAAAGAGAAGAAAAAGGAGAAGCCUUCAAAAAGUGGCCCUAGUUCGUUCGAAAUCAUUCUUCCCGACGAUUUUGAAGCGCAGGUAUUCCCAGGAUUAGCAGGCGCUCUAGAAGUCGACGCGACGAAGUUCGAAAUUCUUUUGAAGUCAAAGCCAAGUGCUCUUCCUAUUCAGCUAACUGUGAACACUUCCCAAACUGUUAAAUAUCAGAUUUUUCUUCAAAGCGACUGA